CUCGUGAACAUCUUAUGUUUCUUUUUGAAAUAAGGAUUUACUGAAUGCCCUUCCAAGCUUACACUUCUUCCAAGUUUGCUCAUCGCUCAGAUCGAAACAGUGUCGUUGCAAAUGCCAUGGAGAACUUAUCGACCUGUUUUGUCAUAAUGUGUAUGGUUGGCUUAGGCUUUGCCGCCGAUGUCAACUUGAAACAAGAUUUGCUCGCCCCAACUGAUGUAAUUGCAACCGUGCUAUCACUCCGCCGUGUCAAACUUAAAUGGACUGAUCCUAUGACUUUUGACCAUGCAAAGACAUAUACAGUGGAGUAUCGACAACUAUAUCCAACGGAAUCAGGAAUAACAAACGUAGAGGUCGAUCAACAAGAAGUCACCAUAAAAGGGCUCCAGUCGUUCGCGCGUUAUGAGUUUAAAAUUGCAGCUCAUAACGAUGAAGGAGUUGGAUUACAGUGCGACCCCGUGUACGCAACAACGAUGAUGGAAGGCGACGGGUAUGCGCCAAUAGUUUCCCCCGUAGUCGUUGACGUCCGUGACAAAGAUUCAGUUAACAAUAUCGUGAACGUGGACGUUGUUGUCAGAGUAACGAGUGCAAGAGGAUAUGAACCUACAGGGUUAAUGGUAUUCUAUUCCGACGACACGUCGCCUGAUUCCAGUUAUCUAUCUUGGCCAAUUGUUAGAGUGGACGUAGACAUCAAUGUUGAAGUUAUUAUUCCGGUAACUGGGUUGUUGCCAAAUCAUUCAUAUAAAUUUAUUACCCAGACAUACAAUAUGAGAGGCGGUAGUCCAAAGUCGGAACCAUUCUCUUACACGACACCAAUGAACGGCGACGGAGAUAUCGUACCAUCACCGCCCACUGACGUCGUUGUUCGGCUCAUCACGUCAGAAUCUAUCAAAAUAGAAUGGAAAUCACCCGAAGAAGGACUACCAAUAACAGGCUAUGAAGUAUACUGGACGAAUGAGAUGGACGCUCCGGUGGAAGAAUGGAGUAUGCUGGAAGCGUCUAGUUCGGUGACGUCUCUCGAACUGACUGCUCUUUUUUCUGAUACGGUAUAUUUUAUCAAAGUUCAAGCACGAAACGACUUCGGUGUUGGGCCGAUGUCAAUGGUACGCGUGAGCACGUCACCAGCACCGGUACCCACGGAAGUACCAAUCAAGUACGGGAUGUGUCCAGAUAUGUCCAACUCUCGCUUCUGCGUGGAGUCGUGCAGUUACCAUAACGAUUGUCCUGGGCGCCAGUUGUGCUGUUAUAAUGGCUGCGCCCGUAUCUGUACCGACGGGCAACCAAUUUUACCAGCACCCAUAAAGGAGUUGACGUGUCCGCCGUUUGCCGAUCCGCCAAAUGGAGUGGCUGUAUGUGAUGGCGGUGUAGUCGGAAGUACCUGUCGAUAUUCUUGUGACGAAGGUUAUAUUCACUCGGAGGCGGACGCAUCUAAGAUGGUCCGUACAUGUGGAUCUGAUGGACAAUGGUCUGGAGAACAGAUCACCUGCGUUCAAGAUGUAAUCGAUGGCCCACCUUUGGCACCAAAUAUACUGUCUAUUGAGGACGUGUCUAUCAACGGCGAUGAAACACGCAGUGUUAGUCUAGUAUGGAGGGCACCCUCUCAGUUCGAUCCAGACAUUACAGGUUACGUAGUUCAUUAUACAGAGGACGUCGAUGCUCAAUACUCACAGUGGAUAAACAUCAACAUCCCGUCCGAUACAACUACGUAUAUUAUUACACAUCUCAAACCAGACACAACCUACAAUUUCAAGAUUCGAGCUCUUAAUAAAUUCGGUCUUAGUAAAGCCUCUGAAUCAGUUCGCUACAGAACAAAAGCAACUCAAAUGGUAAAGAAAACCGGGAAGUGUCCUGCGUUUGUGGAAGGCCGUGGCUGUCAGGAAAAUUGCUUUUCGAAUGAAGAAUGCCCUGGUAAUCAAGUAUGUUGUUAUAAUGGGUGUGGUAGAGUAUGUGUCGACCCCGAAGAAGAGAUUAUACAACCAGCGGCAGAAGAGUACAUCUAUGCUGGCUGUUAUAUGACACCAGACCCUGCUUUAGAAAAAGACGCGGCUUUGUACAAACCAAUUGAAGGGACAAUUUCUGUAAAACAAAGGAGUACUGGUGGUAAUAUUGAUAUUAUUCUCGAUCUCUCGGGAUUCGAUGCUAGCUCUCGCCAUGGGUUUCACGUGCAUACUUAUGGUUACAUUGACGGUAUGACAGGUUGCAGUGCUUCUAACACUGGCCAACAUUAUAAUCCACAAUUUAAAACACACGGGGCUCCAGGUGACUCUGAACGUCACGUUGGUGACCUUGGUAACAUCGAGAGCGAUGAAAAUGGUAAUGUGAAGACAGUUAUUCGUGAUGACGUAGCAUCUCUAGUUGGACCGGAUUCCAUUCUUGGGCGGUCGUUCGUGAUUCACGCUGGUGUUGACGAUCUUGGUCAAGGCGAAGACGAAGGAAGCCAUUCUACCGGUAAUGCUGGGGCCCGCAUUGCGUGUUGUGCUAUUGGAUGGAUGCCAAGUUUGGAGAACGAGUAGUAGUUCUGAAAAUAAAUUUCAACUUGAAGCAAAAAUUAAAUGAGUUGAAAUUCGUGACGUGUUGAAGUGUGUUGGAAAUAAAUAUGAAACAUUUAUUA